AUAGCAGAGAGCUAUCUUGACACGGCAAGUUAUAAAUCUGCGUCUGUGCAGAAGUUUCAGUGUGGAUAGGUAGCUGUUUGGGGACUGGUUCGCUGACAAGUCGAAGUGGUACAGUUUGCAGUUAGUCAGGGUAAACUUUUAUCUUUUUAAGAGGAGCAGCUCUAACUGCGUAGGUUUUAUUUGUGUGGCCCGGUAAGCUAGCUGUGUUUGAAGAUGAGGUUGAGUGGAGUGCUCGUGUGUUUGUUCCUGCUUUGUGUUGAGAGAUGCUGGAGUGACACACCAGCAAACUGCACCUACGAAGACCUGGUGGGAACAUGGGUGUUCCAGGUGUCCAAAGGAGGACACGACAAGACGGUGAACUGUUCCGCUGAAGCUGUAGGUGAGAGCACUGUGACUGUGACUCUGCAGAAACUGUCUGUGGCCACAGAUGAGCUGGGGCACACCGGCUUCUUCACCAUCAUCUACAAUCAAGGCUUUGAAGUGGUCAUUAAUGGGUACAAAUGGUUCGCCUUCUUCAAGUACAGUCAAGAAGGUCCUAAGGUGACCAGCUACUGUGACCAGACCCUACCAGGGUGGGUCCAUGAUGUCCUGGGGCGUAACUGGGCAUGCUUUGUUGGAAAGAGGGUAAAUCCAGUACCACCCCGAACAGAAUACAAACCAGUCUUCGGCAGCAGACUGCCACAGAAGCGCUACAAACACAGCAUGGACUUUAUUGAUGUGAUCAACUCUGUUCAGAAAUCCUGGAAGGCUGCGCCCUAUCCAGAGCACGAGAUGUACACUUUACAGGAGCUGCAAUACAGAGCAGGCGGGCCCGCCUCUCGUAUCCCUGUGCGCACUCGCCCUGCACCUGUGAAAGCUGACAUAGCUAAGAUGGCAUCAGCUCUACCUGAGCAGUGGGACUGGAGAAAUGUUGAUGGGGUUAACUUUGUUAGCCCUGUGAGAAACCAAGCAUCAUGCGGAAGCUGCUACUCCUUUGCCACAAUGGGAAUGCUGGAAGCUCGUAUUCGAAUCCUCACCAACAACAGCGACGCUCCCACACUCAGCCCCCAACAAGUGGUCUCUUGCUCUGAGUACUCUCAAGGUUGUGAUGGUGGGUUCCCAUACCUGAUUGGGAAGUACACACAGGAUUUUGGCAUUGUGGACGAGUCAUGCUUCCCAUAUGUUGCAAAGAACACUCCGUGUGGCGUUCCUCAGAACUGUAGGCGCAUUUAUGCAGCAGAAUACAACUAUGUUGGUGGCUUUUACGGCGGCUGCAGUGAGGCGGCCAUGAUGUUGGAGCUGGUCAAGAAUGGACCUAUGGCAGUAGCUUUCGAGGUCUAUCCUGACUUCAUGAACUAUAAGGAGGGCAUCUACCACCACACUGGCCUUGCAGACCCAUUCAAUCCCUUUGAGCUGACCAACCAUGCCGUGUUGCUGGUGGGGUACGGCCGCUGCCACAAGACUGGGCAGAAUUACUGGAUUGUCAAGAACAGCUGGGGCACCGGCUGGGGCGAGGAAGGCUACUUCCGAAUUCGCCGCGGAAAUGACGAGUGUGCCAUCGAGAGCAUCGCUGUCGCAGCCAACCCUAUACCUAAACUGUAGAAGCUGAAACCUCAGAAUUGACAUAAUCAAUGAUGAUUGACAUAACCAAUGAUUAUGAGUCACAGAUUUUAAAGCACAAAUAUUCCAUGGUUUUUAUCAACAUAUGCAUUGGAGAUUGACAAUUUAAGGCUAAAUGUAUAACUUUUCACAAAAGAAUUUAGUCACAGGGUGGCACUAAUGAGCAGAGCAAGAUUAAUUAAAUGAAAAAUUAUGGAUUUGCGCUGUAAUGGCAGUCUUCCAAAUGGAUAUGCAAUUUGUUUAAAAGGGAAAUCAAUCUGAAAUCUUAACAUUGUUCAUUUAUAUUUUUCAUAAACUGCCAGCUCUCAGAUCAGGAAGUACGGUGCAUACAGUAGGUUAUCCACAUAAUUUCAUACGUUGCUGUGAUUUUUUUUUUUAUAGUUUUUGCUCCCAAAUGUAAAAAUGUAGAAUUUGGGUAUGAAAUAUUUUGUUUGUAUGAAUUAUACAUGUUUACAGCUCUUAAAAUGGAUUUUUAAUUAAAGGGAAACAGUAAUGCUGCUCUUUUGAUGCCACUCCCCAACACCACCACUUUUUUUAUGUUUGCUGAUUUAAGCAGUGACUGAUUAGCUUUUGAAUAUUCAAGCUCUAACUGCCAGCAAGUACUUGGAAUCAAGUACUUACCACUGUGGAUUAGGACAUACUGAGACAAGCAGUAAGUUUUACUUGUCACAUUUAAAGGGAAAUCCAGAUGUGUGUUUUUGUUUUUUUUUUUGUUCUUUGACUCAGGAAUGCACUGAACAGAGUUGAAACCUCUUUUGUCCUUGCUACAUUGAAACCAAAACUGCCAUGUUUUUCUGUGGGAUGAUUUUUAAGAGUUCCCCAGUGAGCUGUGAUUGCUGGAUCAGUUAAUAAAGGGAUGCAACUGA